CAAGCGACAGAGGCCAGGUGUGGUGUGCAUUGGUGUGGUGUGCAUUGCAUGCAUAAAAGGUUGUUGGUACCCAGCAUUUUUGGAAUUUGCAAAAUACUUUUCGCCGCAUGUCAACUUCGCAUGGUCCACACGCACGCAUCACGCUGCCUUUCUUUGCAGAUCACGCAUCACGCUGCUGCCUUCUUUGCAGAUUACACGUUGAGACUAACCUCACGGGCCCCACUUCGCAGGCGUGCAGCGGGUAGAGAACGGGCAGCAGCGGCCAGAGCCGCGGCCAGAGAUGCCGAGAGGGCCAGGCGAGAGAGGGAGGCUAAUGUGAAGCGGAGAGAUCUUGCGGAGUUUCACGCUGCUAGGCCGCUGGAAAAGUUGGGUUGGGCCAGAUUAGAGAUGCAAACGAAUUUCCAGCAGCCCAUGACCGCCCGGAGGAUGCACGUGUGCACAGUGUGCUCUGAACGUUGGGACACCGCAGAGGACGGACCAGGGGACGGACCAGGGGACGGAGGUGCCGUCUACAGUUGUCCGCGGUGCAAGAAGGACAAGAAGAGUCCGAAGCUGUUCUCCGCCGACAACACCAUGGAUCCUGGGAGCGUACCCGUCGAGCUCCAGGGCCUGACCCAGACGGAGGAGAUGCUCAUCGCGCGGUGCUGUCCGAUCAUGCGCGUCCUCCACCUCAAGGGUGGGCAGCUAGGGUACGGUGGCCAUGUCGUCAACGUCGCUCAGGACAUCAGUACCUUAGCCGCUGCCCUCCCCAGGUUGGCCGCCGAUGUACCGAUCAUCAUCAUCCGGAGGGAGGGGCAGGAACCCGGCCAGCACAAGGACCUACACGUGCGGAGGGCUCGCGUGCAACGGGCUUUGCAAUGGCUCAUUGCCAACAACCCGUACUACCGCGACAUCGUCCUUGACAACACGGCCCUAUCCCAGCUCCCCGUCGACGGGCAACUACGUGGACUGCGAACCACCGUCAGCGGGGGAGACUCGGAGCGUGACCUUGGCCCUCGGGGGGAGGGGGGAGGGGAGGAGGACGGCGAUACCCCCGAGGACACGGAGUCCUUUAUGGCUCCGGCAGGCAAGAGCAUGCUCGAGGACCGCGCGAUUGAAGCAGCCCUGCGGAGGCAGGUGAGGGAGAGCGGGGCGGAUGUUCCGGUCAACGCCUGGCCUGGGAUGGAGGCGACCGCCCUGAACGAGUUCAAGACAACAGGCCUCGCGUCCAUGGCCUUCCCCGCCCUCUUCCCAUGGGGGAAGGGAGACCCCACCGACCCGGCACGGUCCAGGAGCGUCAAGCCCACCGACGGCAUGAGACACCUUCUCAAAUUCUUCCGGGACGGUCGCUACCGCUUUGCAUCUCACCCCCGUUUUCCUCACUGGUGCCAGAACAUGCUCGAACGCCACAGGAUGCUCAGCCAGGCGCAGGUCUACCUCAAGCAAAACCCAGGGGACGCCGCCAUGACGAUAGAGCACAUGAGGCAUCUGUUCCGGUCGGGUUCGCCGCUGGCGCAGCAGCUCACACAGCGCAUGUGCCGGUACGGCGCCAACAUCACCGGGUCUAGGCCGUACUGGUACGCCAAGCAGCAGGAGCUCCAGGCGAUUUUUGCCACCAAGGGCUGCGCUACUCUCUUCUUCACGCUCUCUGCCGCCGACACCCACUGGGACGGCCUCUUCGACCUGAUGCCACCAGGGUACCAGGACUCCCCAGCGGGCAAACGGAGGGCCCUCAUUGAAAACCCGCAUAUCGCCGACACCUACUUCGGCAACAGGGCGGACGCUUUCACCUCCGCCUUUUUCGGCGGUGUACUCCAAGCCCAGUCGCUGUGGUACAGGCUUGAGUACCAGGGGAGGGGUAGCACGCACGCGCACGGAUGUGCCUGGCUCCAAGACGAUCCCGGUAUCGUCAACCUCGUCUGCAAAGCGUACGCUGGGAGGAAGGCGGCCGAACGGAUGGAGGCGGCCGAGGGCCUGGCCGCCGGACAGGGGGGGAUCGGCGACGAGGAAGAACGCCAGGCUCUGGAGCGAGCCGUCGCCGACGGCAAAACAGCGGACGACAAGGUUUGCAGAUACGCCGAUUGGCUCAUCUGCACCGUCAACACUCGGUCUACGGAGGAGCGCGCCGCCCAUCCGGGGGGAGUGCCAGACCCUCACCCAUGCUCCGUCAACCCCUUCAAGCACGGGCCUGUCAGCGACGAGGCCACAGGCCGUGCCGACAUCGACGGACUCAUCAACUGCUGCCAGCGCCACGUUUGCCGUCCUGAAGGGUACUGCAAGCGCGCUGGGCGGCAGGGGUGUCGCUUCGGCUUCCCGCACGAGUGUCAACCCGAGACCUCCUUGCAGUUCGAGGAGAUGGACAACGGCUCCGUGAGAGCCACCAUCAAAACCAAGCGCAACGACGGCAAUCUCAACAGCUACUGCCGCCUUGCUCUCUCUCAUUGGCGGGCGAACAUCGACUUCCAACUCAUCUUGGACUGGGACCAGGCGGUGCGGUACAUGGUGAAGUAUGUGAGCAAAGGAGAGAAGCGGUCGCCCGCCGCCGCCGACGUCUUCGCCCGGGCCAUCGGUCGCGCGGACGAUGACGCUGACGAGGCGCAAACAGUCCUGCGAAGCGUGUUCCUCAAGUGUACGGGCGAGCGCGACAUUUCCGCCCAGGAGACGGCACGGCUGCUCCUCGGGAACAAGCUGUGCUCUUCUUCUUUCAGCUUCGUACGCCUCGUCGUCGACCCUUCCACCAGCACACGCCAGGUUAACCUCGACGGUGCGGCGGGGGAGGGCGCCCUCAAGAAAUCCAUGCGGGACCUCUACGCCGGCCGGCGCAGCGUCAUCGACAAGUACCCAUCCAUCAUGGAUGUUAGCUACUUCCAGUUCCACCAGCUGUACACUCGAGACCGGGGGGGGGGGGUCACGGCGAGAGACGGCGCGGGCAGCCUCGUCGUCAUCAAGCUGCCUGCCCUGCCGUGCUCUCCGGGGAGCGCGCGGCAUCUUGAGGCCUGCCGCAACAACCUCUUCGCCCACAGGCCAUGGGAGGAUGAGCCGACAACAGCCUGCCGCGACAUGGGGGCAGUCACGGACCUGGAUGCCUCAGCCUCCAUCUCCGGAGAGGAACCCAAGCUCGCCCUGCUGUGGGACGCCUUCGUCCAAGCCAACCAAGACCUGCCCGAGCUGCGCUUCGGCGACAUGCUGGCAGGGCGGCUGUCUCUUGCCCGCCGAGAGGCCGCGUCCACGGCCGAAGACGACGACGACGACGGCUUGCUCUUAGACCAGCCCGACGAUUGGAUGGAUGGGGCCAACAUGCGGCGAAGAGGCGCCGCCAGGGAAGAACAGGAGGUUGACACAAGGUGGGACGCUGAAUACAACUGGGCCGGCGCCCGAGCGACUGAGGUCCAACAUGAGCUGGAGAGAGGGCCAACGUGGAUUGCGAACGCCAAGAAAGCUGCAGCCGGCACUGGCCCCGCCACCGAGAUUCCUCAUGUGGCUCCGGACUCUCUCAAUGAGCGGCAACGCAAUUGCUACGACGUCGUCAGGGACCACUUCGAGAACGAGCGCGAGGAGCCACUGCGCAUGAUGGUUCUCGGGACGGCAGGCACGGGGAAAUCAUACCUCGUGUAUGCCCUCUCCAGGCUGCUCGGCGGCUUCCUUCGACGGGCAGCUCCAACCGGUAUGGCGGCCUUCCUCAUCGCCGGCAGCACGCUGCACAGCCUCCUCCGACUGCCGGUGAGGCAAGGAAGGAAUCUCCAGGGUCAAAGCCUCAAAGCCCUGCAGAAUUCCCUUACUGGCGUCAAGUACAUCAUCAUCGACGAGCUAUCGAUGGUCAGCCAGUCCCAGAUGGCGUGGGUCGAUCGACGUCUGCGACAAGGGACAGCUGUAGACAAACCCUUCGGCGGAAUCUCCCUGAUCAUGACCGGCGAUCUGGGCCAGCUGCAACCGGUGGGAGGAACUCCGCUGUACAAGCAAAACCCAGCUGCCGCGCUCAACGUUGAAGGCUAUGCCGCCUACAGCCUCUUCCAGGACGUCUUCAUCCUUGACAGAGUUCAGCGGCAGACGGCAGCCGCCGCCAACGACGACGACCAGAGAGGCUUCAUCGAACUGCUGCCGCGUGCGCGUGAUGGACAGCUUUGCGACGAGGACUGGGACCUCCUCCUGAAGAGACAGCCCAACCGCCUGACCGCCGCUGAGAAAGCGGCUUUCGAGGACGCAACGAGGCUCUUCUACUCCAAGAAAGAGGUCAACAAGUACAACGGCAAGAAACUCCGGGAGCUGGACAACCCCGUCGCUCGUGUUAGCGCCGUCCACACGGGCGCGAACGCCAGGAGGGCGACAGCAGACACCGCGGAGGGGCUCGAGAGGGACCUCUACUUAGCCAAGGGAGCGAAGGUUAUGCUCUCGAAGAACCUGUACCAACAAGUUGGGCUGGUGAACGGCAUUAGAGGCGAAGUCGUCGAGUUGGUGUGCGCAGAUGAUGCGCCCCCGCCGAAGCUCCCCCUUUACGUUGUCGUCAAGUUUGAAGGGUACUCGGGGGGGGAAUGGUCGUCUCAGGAGAGGUAUAGACGUUGUGUCCCUAUUUCUCCCGUCGACACCACCUGGCAGGACGGGGGGACGCAGGUCAGGACGCAGCUGCCCCUUAGGCUCUGCUGGGCAAUUACGAUGCACAAGUCCCAGGGGCAGACUUUAGCCAAGGCCGUCAUUGACUUGGGGCCCAAGGAGGCCUGCACGGGGCUUACUUUCGUCUGUCUCAGUAGGGCGAAGAGACUUGUGGACCUCAUGGUAGAGCCCAUGAGUUUCGACAGGAUUGGUAACCUUGGAAAUUCGCCGACGAUGAAGGCUAGGCUGCAGGAAGAGGCUUCCGACGCGUUGGACAGGCAGAACGCGAUCUUCGAUGAGAGCGGGCACUUCCUCAUCUACUGCACAAUGCUGGGCAUCAAGGGAACAGCGAAGAUCGACACCCAGAUGCUCCUGGCACGAGAAACCAAGUCUCGAACAGCGGAAGAGAUAAACAAAACCAAGAUACCGGACCCAAUCGUCAUCGCCACGGGCUUCGACAAGAACAGGUUCUACAUGUUCUCCAAGAGAGACCCGGUUGAAGAUGAAGAUGGGGAGAAUGGCAGGGACGUCUUCAACGAGAAACCCUCGGCGGAAGAGAUGCACGUCGUCGCCGAGACCAACACCGUGGUGGGCAGAGAGGCGGUCAUCAGGACGUCCAUGGGGGACAUCCGCACCAGGCUAUUCCCGGACGAGUGCCCGAAGACAAUCGAGAACUUCUGCACUCACUCUCGCAACGGGUACUACGACGGAGUCAUCUUCCACCGAGUCAUCAAGGGCUUCAUGAUUCAGACGGGAGAUCCGCUCGGCGAUGGCACCGGCGGCGAGUCUAUCUGGGGAGGAGAGUUCGAAGACGAAUUCCACAGAAACCUUCGGCACGAUAGGCCAUUCACCCUUUCCAUGGCCAACGGGGGGCCUGCCACGAACGGGUCGCAGUUCUUCAUCACAACGGUCCCCACCCCUUGGCUGGAUAACAAGCAUACCGUCUUCGGCCGCGUCACCGCUGGGAUGGACGUGGUCCAGGCGAUCGAAGCUAGCAAGGUGGACAAGACCGACAAGCCCUUCAGCGAGAUGAAAAUCAUUAGCAUCGAUAUUUCCUAGGUGACUGGAUCAGCCUGUGGGGCAUGGGGGGGGGUCCGCAUGUCCCGUAGUCAACUGGGAAAUGUCAUCAUGUGCGACGUAUGUUCCGCGAGAGAAAGGCCAGCAGCAUCGACGUUCACUAUGGUGUAAGGAGUAAUAGUAGUCUACCCUGGUUCGAGCGCGUACGAAGGUGGCGUGUGCGCCGUGCGUAUAUUGGUGUGUUUCUGUGUGUGUGCAUCGACCGCCCUAACCGACUGACCAAUGAAAAGACGCCGGCCUCGUUGCGCCUGAAAACAGAAGGCACUUCUCAAGGCCAUGAUCUGGGAGGGUCAAAGGAGGAGGCUACAGUAGGCUUUCUCUGUUUCCGGUAUGCGUCAGCAGAGUUUGUGCGGUGCCGGGUGCGGGCUUGUACUCUCGAUGGAGUCGGUAGCGGUCACUCGCUGCUGUACUCCGCAACACGCGGUUCGCAUGUCGCGUGGUUCGCCCCUACUGGGCUUCCGGCAUCGUCGACCGGGACUCACGCCGUGUCACGCCAGCAAUUCGAUAGGUCCAGUAGUGUUCUUGGCUGCUCUACUGCAGCAGUAGUUCGACAACAGACAGUGUGGGCACGGUUUUUGUUGUUGUAAAAGGGCUGCUAGCAAGGGGGAGAAUACACCCGAAUACGUGGAACGUACCAUCUGCUUGGCGGCAAGUGGUUGAGAACUGCGGAAUCCUCCCCAAGAACGCGCUGUUUCGGUGUCACAAUGCAGUCUUAUGUGGCACAUCUGGGCCCCGAAGGUAGCGAGAGAGCCGGUGUCCGAAAGAGCUCCGCAGCGGCAACCAGAAGUUGGUUGCGCAAGUAUCAGGGUCCUCCAGCCGGAUACAAUUGAGAAGAAAACUAAUCGGGGACAUGUAUGACCUGCUUGGGAGAGCCAUUCAGUACAGCCUGGUUGUUAAUUGUUGCUGCUGUGGUGGUCGGCUAUGCCGUUUUCUGCGAGCGUCCUUACCUUCUGCCAGUAUGUCAAUUUUCCGUUUUUUUUGUGUCCGACAGCAGCAACAGUCCGUAUUAUUCUGAAGUCCUUUAGACGAGACUAAUGACUG